AAGUAAAAUGCAAGCCUCUCGCAGAGAUGAACAAGUCGUGGAAGCAGAUCUUAGCGACCAGGAAGAAGAGGACUCAUUUUAUUUGGACAUAGACCUUUUACAAAACCAUGGAAUUAAUGUUGCCGAUAUUAAAAAGUUGAAAGCAGCUGGAAUAUGCACGAUAAAGGGUGUUCAAAUGACAACCAGAAGAAAACUUUGUCAGAUUAAAGGAAUCUCUGAGGCGAAAAUGGAGAAAAUCAAGGAAGCCGCUGCAAAGUUGAGUACUGCAGGUUUUAUGACAGCUCUCGAGUUUAGUGAUGUGAGGAAGAUGUGCUUUAGGAUAAGUACUGGCAGUGACGAGUUGGACAAACUGCUUGGUGGUGGUAUUGAAAGCAUGUCAAUCACCGAAGUUUUUGGUGAAUUCCGUACGGGAAAGACUCAACUCUCCCAUACUCUGUGCGUGACGGCACAGCUUCCCGGAGCGAAUGGUUAUUCUGGUGGGAAAGUCAUCUUCAUUGACACAGAGAACACAUUUCGUCCAGAUCGUUUACGAGAAAUUGCCGAUCGUUUUAAUCUCGAUCAAAAUGCUAUGUUGGAUAACGUGUUGUACUGUAGAGCUUACACCAGUGAACAUCAGUUUGAGUUGCUGGAUAUGGUCGCAGCAAAAUUCCACGAAGAACCAGGUGUAUUUAAACUUUUGAUCAUUGACUCCAUAAUGGCUUUGUUUCGGGUGGAUUUUUGUGGUCGUGGAGAGUUAGCGGACAGACAGCAAAAACUCGCUCAAAUGUUAUCGCGACUACAGAAAAUAUCCGAAGAAUUUAAUGUAUCAGUGUUUAUUACCAAUCAGAUGACCGCUGACCCUGGAGCAACAAUGAGUUUUCAAGCGGAUCCGAAGAAACCAAUUGGAGGACAUAUACUGGCGCAUGCGUCAACCACUCGUAUUUCAUUGCGCAAAGGACGAGGGGAACUGAGAAUUGCAAAAAUCUAUGACAGUCCUGAUUUACCCGAAAAUGAAGCGACAUUUGCUGUGACUGCUGGAGGAAUUGCAGACGGAAAAGAGUAAAAUAAAAGGAAAGUUUUUACAAAGCAUUCAUCUCAAACAAAAUAUCAUUUUUGCCUUAAAAUAAGAUACUUCAUUGUGUUGUUAGUACGACUUUUAUAUUGACUGCAUUUACCUAGUUGAAGUGUUCCAGAGAAAGGGCGAGAUCACAAAUAAUGAUGUACUAACAAGCCUUUUAUAAUAUAAUAUUUCACAAAUAUAUGUAUGUUUUGGUAACAAGCAAAA